GACUGUAACUGUCUUCAUAAUCAAUCAUACUGUCUUGUCUGUUGAGAGUUUUUUCUUGUGUAUUACCAGAUCACUUAACAUAAAAUAAAUCUUCAUUAAAUUGCCCACGGAUUUUUUUUCAUUCUAAGUCAUCGUCGGACAAUGUUCCGUUCGUCAUCGUCGAUCAGAUCAUGGUCGAUGCUCAUCUCCUCUUCACGUAGUGUACCUAAAAUAACAUCAGCUCGCAGCUACAGUGCUGAAGCUGCCCCAGAAAAAAUUGAUGUCUUCAUAGAUGAUCAAAAGGUUUUGGUUGAUCCUGGGACAACCAUUCUUCAGGCUUGUGCUAUGGUUGGUGUUCAAAUACCAAGAUAUUGCUAUCAUGAUAGGUUGUCUAUCGCUGGCAAUUGUCGAAUGUGUUUAGUUGAAGUUGAAAAAUCUCCAAAGCCAGUUGCUGCAUGUGCGAUGCCAGUAAUGAAAGGUUCAAGGAUCAAAACCGACUCCGAGAUGACGAGAAAAGCAAGAGAGGGUGUGAUGGAGUUUCUUUUGAUGAACCAUCCGCUGGAUUGUCCAAUUUGUGAUCAAGGUGGAGAAUGCGAUUUGCAGGAUCAAUCAAUGGCGUUUGGAAAUGAUCGAAGUCGGUUUGUCGACAAUGAUUUCUCGGGGAAGAGAGCCGUGGAGGACAAGAAUAUUGGCCCUUUGGUUAAAACUAUUAUGACUAGAUGUAUUCACUGCACAAGAUGCAUCAGGUUUGCAAGUGAGGUUGCUGGUGUGGAUGACCUAGGUACAACAGGACGAGGAGGUGAAAUGCAAGUUGGUACUUAUGUGGAAAAGAUGUUCAAAUCUGAGAUGUCAGGAAACGUUAUAGAUUUGUGUCCUGUUGGAGCGUUGACAUCCAAGCCGUAUGCAUUCACUUCUCGACCAUGGGAAACCAGGAAAACGGAAUCCAUCGAUGUACUUGAUGCAGUAGGCAGCAACAUUGUCGUGAGCACGCGGUCGGGUGAAGUAAUGAGGAUAUUGCCAAAAAUGAAUGAGGAUAUCAAUGAAGAAUGGAUUUCGGAUAAAACAAGAUUUGCUUACGAUGGCUUGAAACGGCAAAGGUUGACAACACCCAUGAUGAAAAAUGACAGUGGAAACCUCAGUUCAUGCUCCUGGGAAGAUGCAUUGUAUUCUGUUGCGCAAAAGAUCGUCGGUCUCAAAGGUAAUGAAAUGGCUGCCGUGGUUGGUGGUCUUGCUGAUGCCGAGUCCUUGGUUGCGUUGAAGGAUUUCUUUAAUCAAAACGACAGCGAUGCCUUGUACACAGAGGAGAGUUUUCCUAUCGAUGGAUCAGGAACUGAUUUCCGUUCCAGUUACAUAAUGAACACUACGAUUUGCGGUAUUGAGGAAGCGGAUACUCUUGUGAUCAUUGGUACAAAUCCAAGAUACGAAGCGCCACUGAUAAACAGUCGAAUACGAAAAGCAUGGCUGCAUAAUGAAUUGAAAGUUGCAGUUAUGGGACCUAAACUAGAUCUGACUUACACGUACGAGCACUUAGGUGAAUCUGCGAGCUCGCUUGCUGAUAUUCUGAACGGAAAACACUCUUUCUCGAAGGUCUUGUACGAAGCUGAGAGACCGAUGGUCAUUGUGGGGAGUUCAAUUCUUCAGCGGCAAGAUGGCGCUGGUAUUUACGAUCUGGUUUUUUCAUUGGCUAACAAACUGAAAGCUUCAAAACAAGUUUCUGCAAACUGGAGAACACUAAAUAUAAUGCACAGGAUGGCUAGUCAGGUCGCUGCCCUAGAUAUCGGUUACAAGCCUAGAUUGGAUCUACCAAGCUCGAUGAAGCUCUUGUAUCUUCUUGGUGCGGAUGUUGGCAAGGUAAACCGCGAUGACUUACCUAAAGAUUGCUUUAUUGUAUAUCAAGGUCACCAUGGUGAUCAUGGAGCUCACAUAGCUGACGUCAUCUUACCUGGAGCGGCCUACACCGAAAAAACCUCAACAUACGUGAACACUGAGGGUAGAGCUCAGCAAACUAGGAGAGCCGUUUCACCUCCUGGGUUGGCAAGAGAUGAUUGGAAAAUAAUAAGAGCCCUUUCUGAGGUAUGCGGAGAUCCUUUAUCAUACGACGAUUUGAACGAAAUUCGAAACCGUAUGACGGAAGUCGUGCCAAACCUUACGCGGUAUGGUGAUGCUGAAGAGGCAAACUUCUUUUCGCUGGCCAAAGAAUUGUUGAAGAGCACUAAGCCGUCCGACGCACCACUUGUUCCACAGUUGGUUAACUUAGAAGAUUUCUACAUGACCGAUCCCAUAAGUCGAGCAUCACAAACCAUGGCGAAGUGCGCUCAGGCCGUGAAGAGUAUGAGUUAAUACCUGUCUUCCAUCAGCAUUCAGUAUUUUAUGAGGGGUGCCUUGAAAUCGUAGAUAUUUGUAAAACAAGUUGUGGAAGAAAAAAAUAUGUUAGUUUCACAAACGGCAUAAAUAUUCAUGUACUUUGUAAUGUUAAAAUAUAAGUUUGAAUGCGUA